CAUGCAACAAUAAAACGAGCCUCAACGGAACAAAAUCCCCCUUUUAAAACUCUUCCCCAUUCCUCCUCUUCUUUCGUAAGAACACCUUGGAGAAAACGUGCAAGCAAGGGAUCAAUGGAACAAGGAGAGGCUUCUGGUUCAAAACCCUACGAUGAAAUUUGGUCCAAACUUGUGCCGUCAAACUCCAAAUAUUCAGAUGUUGAAUUGCGGUCUGAUGAGGUGGAGAUACACUCAGAGGUCAAAGUCUCUUCAUUUGAAAAGCUCGGAUGGUGUAAAAUUACAAGAAAUUCAGAUCUCUCUUCUGCAACAUUGCAAAAUAAGAGUCUAAAUGUAAUAUUUGUUGACGGGACCGAUGUUCCAUCUGAAGAUACAAUCAUGAUUAGGUGUGGAAGUGAGAUAAUCCCCGGCCCUGUUUCUGAUGGCUAUUUGAGUUACAGAUUUAAAGUGAUGCCGAUGAAUGAGUCCUCCAAGAAGCUGUUACAGAUAUCUUUAGAUUCGGAUCAUGCAAAGUGCAGCAUAUGUUUAAACAUCUGGCAUGAUGUUGUCACAGUUGCCCCUUGUCUCCAUAACUUUUGCAACGGAUGUUUCUCGGAGUGGUUGAAGAGGUCACAGCAGAAACAUGCAAUUGUUCUUUGUCCCCAUUGCAGAUCCGCUGUACAAUUUGUGGGGAGAAACCAUUUCCUACAUAGCAUUGAAGAGGAUAUACUGCAAAGUGAUGCUUCUCUAAGACGUAGUGAUGAAGAACUUGCUGUAUUAAACUCGUGUGCGCUAAUAAAAUCACCUCUUGUCAUUAACAAUGGAAAGAAGCCUAGAGGCAAGAGGCCACGUUCAACGCCAGAAGAAGAUAAUGUCACAGAUCAUGCAUGUGCUCAAUGUGGCACACAGUAUGAUGGGUUCCAGUGCAAUCAAAACACCGUGCAUCUGCAAUGUCAUGCAUGUGGAGGAAUGAUGCCUUCUAGAACAACCAAUAUACGCGUACCGCAACACUGCGUAGGGUGUGAUAGAGCAUUUUGCGGUGCGUAUUGGCAUUCGCAGCAGGUUACAAGAAGUGACUCGCAUCAUAUGUGUGCUCCCGAGACUUUUAAGCCAAUUGGAGAACGAACGAUCACAAGAAUUCCUUUUCUGGCACACGAAAAGAACCGGCAUGAACAAGAUAUCACUGAAAGAUGUAUACGCCAGAUGGGGAAAACCCUCCAAGACGUUGUGUCAGAAUGGGUUACAAAAUUGAAUAAUCGAGAAAUAGAUCGGGCAAGGAUGCCACUGAAUCACGCAGAGAUGAUUACUUCUGGAACGCAUUUAUGCAAUGAAUGCUAUGAUAAACUGGUCUCAUUCCUCUUGUACUGGUUCCGGGUCUGCUUGCCAAAAUAUCGUCUACCUGCGGAUGCAGCGCAACGGGAAGAUUGUUGGUAUGGCUACACCUGUCGAACACAGAACCAUAACGACGAUCAUGCUCGUAAAAGGAACCACGUUUGUCGUCCAACCAGGGGUAAUGUUGGAAAUUAGCUGCAGCUUGAUGUUUUCACACCUAUGUUCUGUAUUUUGAAUCAUUAUGUUGGUAAAAGUUUGAAACUUGUGAAGGUAAUGCAACUAGAUUGUUGGUUUUUUGUGGAA